AUGCCCUGCACCAAACAAACUUGUAAGAAGUCGACUGGUGGCAUGGCGCCAUGCGUCACCCUCAACCUACCUGGCGCUACUUCGAGGUUAGCAGUGGGGACUAGGGAGACUUAUGAGGAGGAGAGAUUGGUACACAAUAAUUUCUGUCUUGUUUGUCAUGACAGAUCUGUCAACAACGAGUGCUUGUUCAUAUCCCGCCAAGUCACAAAGAUGCUAUCUCUGGAGACAGCAUCAAAUUUGUUUGCAUAUCCUGCCAUAUUGGAACUGAAGACCAUGGCUGCUGCCCCCAAAAGUCUUACUUUGGAUUUUACUGUGACGGGAAGCCCAUUUUCAACACUUUCCUCCAGAUCUGUGGGACGCUCGAAUUUUCUCACCAAGCACAGCGAUCCCUUUGUAGGGUACAAGGGCACAAAGAAAAUAUAUGUUGCUACUCCCAUCAAUGCUUCCGAAACAAAGUUUCUGGAUAUUGUGCUUGGUCCUUUCAAGGAUCUCAUUGAGCGCGCCACCAAGUCAUACUUAUGGCUAUUCUGUUGCAGCGCUAUCGUCAAUAACUCCGAAAGCUUUGCGAACUUGAAGACCUCAGUACUGAAUCACACAUUUCCUCGUAUGCUGGGCCACUCCUACAAUUUGGGUUGGCACUCCAACAUCUUCUUGUUCACGAAGAAUUCCGACUCAUUGGAUGUUUUACCUUCCUGUUCAAUGCCCAAAAUGUGGGUUGACUCAUGGACUUCGGUGAACCAGAACAAGGUGUAUUACUUUGAAUGCAAGAAUCGCAUGUGCAAGCAGUCCUUCAAGUUCUGCCAACCAGAGAACUUCACCAGAGUUAUUACCUAUGCUAUGUCUUCAGACUGGACUUGUAGCUUCAGAACUAUCCUCGUCAGUUAUAAAUCUGACUUCUUGGCUGUAAAAGAUUCAAAGUCAGGACAGUCUCGUGUGAUCAAGAAAGUUCAUAAGGCCAUAGUUGCAGCUCACAAGGAACAAGGUGAAAAAGUACCUUUGCCAAGUUCUUUCAAGAAGGCACUUAAAAAAUACUAUGCGGACCAAAUUGAUGAUGGAGAAUCUGAUGGGGAAGGAGCUGCAAAGGAAAGGGAGAUCAGUGCCUGUCCAAAGGAGGCUUCAUUCUACAAGAAAAAGCUGACAGACUGGGAUAUGACCCAGAAAUUGUUUAAACAUGAAAUCAAUGAAUUUGACAAGGCAGAGCAAGCCAGGAAAGGUGUGAAUGAUCCCAUCAAGUUUCGCACUGGUCAUGCACGAGAAUGGUUCAACAAAAUGUCACCCACACAGAAGAAAGAAGUCGAGUAUGCACGAGAGAAGUGGAACAAGGAGGGGGCACCUGAAGAAAGCCAGGCCAUUUACUGCAAGAAUAACCUCAAGAAAGUGCUUGAAGAGUUUUCUGAGCAACUUCAUUACCAGACAUUAAGCGUCGCCUUACAUGAAUUUCUUCCUCAGAAUGCCAAAAAAAGUUUCUUGGUCAGCUCAGACAGCAUCAAAGAGUGGGCUUCAACUGGCUUUGAGUUUUUUGCAGAGUGGGCAAAGACCAAGUAUUACCCAACAGCUAAUUUAGACUACAAGGAAGAGGAUGAACAUGAGCUACCUAAAGUUGUGUUAGACAAUGAAGGCUAUGCGCUACUUCCUUCUCGUCAGGAAGUCACACUCAAAAAUCAACAAGAACUCAUAAGAAUGAUUUUUCAUACUGCAUACACUAUAUGCACGGUCAAUCAGUGUAUAUUUAUAGAAGUUUUCACUGGCAGCACUAACUUGGUCUUCUGUGACCCCUCUCACAUGAGAGCAAAGGAUAUUGAUAUCCUCUGGAGUUAUUGGGAGAGGCGGAGUACCACACAGAAGAGACUUGUCACUUUUAUCAAGGCAAGGUCAUGUGACAUGAGGAUUGAUCUGCCACACAGUCCAAGGGAUGGAGCUAGUACCAAGAAGGAUAAAGCUUAUGCUGAGGUUACCUCAGAAGAUGAUGAACAACAUAGUUCAGCUAAUUUGGAUACUACAUUGGCUGCAGCAUCACCAGUGGAGGUGCUAUGUAGUGACUGUUUUGCAUUUUUGGAUGCCCUCAGCACUGAUAGGUCUUACCUUGAGCUGGUAGACGCAGUCAAGGAUCUGGCUAUUAUGAUGGAAAAUCUUCAAUUGCUACAGGAGGAGCUGGAGUUACCUAACUGGGUUAAUUGGUCUUGGAAAGACUCUUAUCUUCUGGAGUCUGUGCACGAGUCACAGGACAUGGUGAUGGCUAGCUUGGAGCUGAUGAGAAAAGCCCCAAUUCAGUCUGUGUACUCAGCUGCCCUAGUGGUCUUAGGCCUUGGAAUGAUUUUGAGGGACUGUAAGCGUGUCAUAGAGUAUGAAGAAGAUGAGGCCCCCCCUGGUACCCCCUCCUACUUGGCCAGUUCAAACUUGGACCUUCAAUGUAUCAUUAAGGUGGAUGAUGCAAUCAGUCAUAUGGUAUGUAAGGUGGUAGGUCUUAUUGAGGUGGCAAUGAAGGCCGCUUCAGGUCACUCCGAUAAUGGUGAUCAGGAGGAGGAGAUGGAGGGAGCUGAUGGUGAGGAGGAUAAGACAAACGAGAGAGAGAAGAGUAUAGAGCAGGACCAGGAAGGUGAGCAAGAGUUGGUGAGGGGAGAUAUGGAUGUGCAGAUGGAGGAGGUGGGGAAUGCCUAUGACGAGGAACAGGAGGAGGGCAUGGAGAAAGGAAAGAAAAGGAUGAAAUCUCAGACUUCAGCUAGGAAGAGCAAGAAGGCAAGGUCAGAAGAUGAACCUAUUCAAUGA